UACGCAGCGGCGACUCAAUGCGGCCUCUGGACAUUUUCAGUUGUUCGCGUGACGUGAAAUAGCGAAAAGUCGAAGCUGCUAUCUUUUAAUCAUGACUUGGUUGUUGGGUAAUCGUGUUUUAAAGCUAGUUGAGCUAGUUGCAUUGUAGCGGAAAUAAUAUGCAUUUGACUUUUCCAAAGUGAUGGACAACAUUUUAUAAUUUUGUAUUUUUGACAAUUCCAGAUGUUGAUUAUGCUGUAGUGUGACAUUUCUCGUCAUGUUUGUACAAGUCGGAGUUGUAGACUGAAUGGCAGCCGGCGAGGUCGACUGGUUGGGCUCCAAGCAGGCCUUGGAGUCUAGUUGUGAUAAGUCGCACAUGAGCACGACUUUUAAGGUUGCCAGGGAAGUCUGCCGUGGCCUUAUGGGAAUCUUAUAUGCCGGUUCCCCUGUCCUUCCCAUUAAAUUCCAGGGAUUGUUCAGUCUACUUUAACGUGUCAACACCAAAAAAAAGUGAGUGGGAAUCCAAUCAAAUGCGCCUCAGCCAUUUUGGAUUUAGUUGUCUCAUAAAAGAUGGGUCAAUAUAAAUAUGCUUGUAUUUUGUCAUUCAAUUUGAAUUUUCGGCAUUCGAAUAGUUAAGUCGACUCUAACCGCACAUGACGGAAAGGAAAUAUGUUGCGUUCAAGUGCAAACUGCCUUCAGCCAUUUUCCUUAAUCCUGUUACACUUGAAUGUCUUCAGAUUAUGUUCCAUCCUAAAACAUUAAGGACUACCCGGAUGGUGUGACGGGAACUCGAAAAGAUUGCCGUCAGCUUCGGGAUGGACAACAACACUUUUUAUUUGUCAUGUCUCUUCCAGGGCAGUCAGUUGGGGGAGGCCUGGAAUGUCUUUUGUCUCGCGCUUAUCCAGCGGCGUCAGCUGAUCUGGCAAAUGUGUUUUCCCAAACACGCUUCACAAGGUGACCCGCCGGCCGGCUCUGUUUAGGCGAGCCCGAGCGGAAUCGGUUCUCUUCGGCACCUCCGAUGCUUUGGCUACAAAGAAUUACACGGGAAGAUUUAGCCGACAAAUAACAAAGGAAAUGACCGCACGUGUCAAGUCUUGGCUUUUCUAAUGGGCCAAAUGCAAAAAAAUGUACGCCAUGCCCUUCAUUGGAGCUCCGCACUUGAGCCGCAUGUUUACAUUUUAGAGACCACCCCUGCAGCCACUAAAGACGUCUUAUCGUAGGCAUCUCCGCAAUCCCCCCCCCUCCGGUACGACUCAAAUGACCAUCCCAAAAUGGAACCUCGAGUCCGAGGAGCGCUUCACAUCUGUUUCCUUUUGACUGUAAUUAUCCGGAAGAAGCCAACAGACCUUCUGUGGGAGGCCCUCCUCGCUGUGGGCGACCCCAAAUGCGGAGGAAGGGGAGAGGGAGUCCGUCAGGUGUUUUUGGUUUUUAUCGUCCCACCAACCACGCCACUAUUUAACCGAGUAUGCCGAGUAUCGAUUCCGUUUGAUGAUGAUCACUUUUAGAAUUCCGAUUUCAUUGUUGCGAGGAUCCACCGUUCAACAGAGCAUCGUCCGAAGGCUCAUUUAUCGACGCUUUAAUUAUUUUCAUUAUUCGCUCGUAAGACGUAAUUUUUUUUCACUCGCAGAAGUCGUUUUCUCCGAUCAACAGCGAGUGAGUAAUAACUAAACCCAAGUGCAAAUCCUCCAGGUCUGUUCGGGACAUCUCCACACAUGCCCCCUUGCUUCUCUGAGCGUUCCAGUAAUCAAGUAAAUUUGGGAAAAUAAACAGCACCGACGCAGACUCCAUAAACACCGCAACAGCCCGGCGAUGGACAGAAAACACAAUGUGCCCACAUAUUACUGUUUUCCAGUCUCGCACAAAGCCGGCUCUGUUAGCAUCGGACAGUUCGUGCGACAGCUCAGCGUUUCGAGCCGCUAGCGGCGUUUCUGCUAACGAUCAUCAUCGGACCGCGGAUCUCCAUUUAAAGCCAAUUAACGACUCCCGUCUCGACCGACCCAGCCGAGCCGGGUCACGUCCAUGAGACGGUGGCGCCAAAGUGCUCCGAGCAAUAAAAAUGACAGCAAAGACGUAGCACGUUGUCAAGCGGAAUGCGUGUUUGUGUUUGACCUGCCAGAAGCUAUCGAGCAUCAAGGUAGGAAAAGAUAAAACCCAAAAGCAUCGCAGUGGACGCUGUUGAAGUCCUCCAUAAAAUAUUUACACAGGACCGAUCCGCCCGAGACAAUUGCGGGUAUUGGUGGAAAGGGUUACUAAUCGGACAAGACAACCAAAUGGGCCCAUUUAUUUUGAAAGAGACGGAGCUCCGGAGAGCUCCAAGUUGUGAAAGCUCUCCUAAAUUCUCUUGACAACCAUCACCAUUAAUUAGGAUUUGAACUUCAGCCAAGGAACAGUUCCGGAUGUCAACAGACCCAAGCGGUGGCGUUCAAUGACUUUGGACUCAGUGGCGAAGUUUGUUGUCCCUGAUCUUUGCUUUUAUUCAUAAAACACCAACCGAAAAGUGUUUCUCUCCACUUCUCGAUGACUUUGGAUAUUUAUAAAUCUCAAUUUGAAUUGCCUGAUUGUCGGUUUUCCACACUUGGCUGUUACGACUCGGUCCUCCCUCGGGGAAAGGGGGACGGUAACUGAUAAUUACAAAGUCAGACAGGAAGCUCCCCGAUGGCCUGUUUGCCGUUCGUGUUUGUCACCUGGGCAACGCGGUCAAUGGUAAACAACACCAGUGAGAUCACCAUCGAGAUUUUUUUGGCUUCCCAUUCGACAUGAUACUCAAAAAAUAACCAGCUCGAAAGCCGAUACGAUGCAGAAUAUCGGAUCAGGACGUAAUUAGCGACCACACGGAUGUUCUCGUGUUGCGUUCUAAUCAGGGCAGGUGUGUUGAUGUCCGCCUCAAACAGGAGACCAUCGUCAGAUGGGAACCAAACAUGAACAAAUUAGGAAGACACAGACCACCAUCGACGACGAGCAAAAGUCUGCUUGUUUUCACCGUACAUUUGGGGGGGGGGGGGGUUAGCGACAAUAGCUUCAUUUGGAUGCAACGGACCAGAAAGAUUCUUGCUGUUUGGCCGCCGACCGAUGUGGAGUUCCCGGAAUACUUUCCCGCCGGGCAGGCAUUUGUGAAUCCUUUUUGAUCAACACCGGUCGGUCUCCCACAAAGGAAUGGCAAAAGAGUGCCCAGGGAAGUGCGGGCGGCGAGCGUGCACGGCAAGCGGCGAGUGCUGCCACGCGCAAUGCCUGGGCAGCUGCACCGUGGCCGGCAGCGACAGCUCCUGCGCCGCCUGCGUGCACUACUACCACCAGGGGCGCUGCGUGGCCGACUGUCCGCCCGGCACCUACAAGUUCGAGGGUUGGCGCUGCGUCAGCGCCGAGCUCUGCUCCAGAGUCCACCUGCCGGACUUCGACAGCUUCGUCAUCCACCAGGGCGAGUGCAUGUCCGAAUGCCCCGUUGGGUAUACGCGGACCGCCCCCAACAGCAUGUCCUGCACGGCCUGCGACGGUCUGUGCGAUAAAGUCUGCGAGGAGAAGGUCAUCGACUCCAUGGAUGCCGCGCAGUCCCUGAAAGGCUGUACGGUUAUCAAAGGCAACCUUCACAUCAAUAUCCGCAGAGGCCACAACAUGGUGGCCGAGCUGGAGAGCUCCACGGGUUUGAUCCAGAGGGUGACGGGCUACGUGCGCAUACGACACUCGCACACGCUCAGCUCGCUAGCCUUUCUGCGUAGCCUGCGAUACAUCGACGGCGAGGAACUCCUGGAUGACAUGUACGCCUUCUCGGCAUUUGACAACCAGCAGCUGCAGUACCUGUGGGACUGGAAGCAGCACAACCUCACCAUCCGGAGCGGGAAGCUGUUCUUCCGGGCCAACCCCAAACUAUGCGUGUCGGAGAUCCAGAAGAUGUGGGAGCAGACGGGCGUUCCGGGGCGCUUCGACGAGAGCGACUACCGAAACAACGGCGACCGAGCCAGCUGCGAAAGCACCAUCCUGAAGUUCAAGUCCAACACCACCAGCAGCACCAGGAUCAAGCUGACCUGGCAGCGCUACCGCCCCCGAGACUACCGAGACCUCAUCAGCUUUAUCGUCUACUACAAAGAGGCGCCGUACCAGAACAUCACCGAGUUCGAGGGUCAGGACGGCUGCGGCUCCAACAGCUGGAACAUGGUGGAUGUGGAGCUGCACCAGGAGAAGGACAUCGACCCCGGCGUGCUGCUGUCCGGCCUGAAGCCAUGGACGCAGUACGCCAUCUUCGUCAAGGCCAUCACGCUCAUGGUGGAUGACAAGCAGAUUCCCAGCGCAAAGAGCAAAGUGGUCUACAUCCGCACCAGCCCCUCAGCGCCCUCUAUGCCUCAGGACGUGCGCGCCUACUCCAACUCCUCCACGCAGCUGGUGGUGCGCUGGCUGCCCCCGGUGUCGCCCAACGGCAAUCAAACCUACUACCUGGUGCGAUGGCAGCAACAGGCCGAAGACCGAGAACUGUACCAACACAACUACUGCUCCAAAGAUUUGAAGAUCCCCGUAAGGAUGGCGGCGGUCGGGGUGGGGGACCAGGAGGACGACACCAAGCCCACCAAGUCAGACCCCGACAGUCCUGAGAAGGGCUCCUGCUGCCCUUGCCCCAAAUCCGUAGAGGACCUGGAGGCGGAAGCCGCGGACGCCUCCUACCGGAAAGUCUUUGAGAACUUCCUGCACAACUCCAUCUUCACUCCUAGACCUCCCGAUCGCCGCCGCCGAGAUCUCUUCAGCAUCGCCAACGCCACCCACUCGCGACGCCAGCACUGGCCUCACUCCAACGCCAGCACCGUCUCCCCCCUGCAGGCCGCCGCCAACGGCAGCGGCGCCGACCCGGAGCCGGCGGAGCAAGAGUUUGAGUUUGUGGAACAGGCGGUGACGGAACGCGAGCUGCAGAUCUUCGGUUUGCAGCCGUUCACCGUGUACCGCAUCGACGUCCACGCCUGCAAUCGGCAGGUGCAGCGUUGCAGCGCCGCCGAGUUUGUUUUCUCCAGAACCAAACCGGCAGAAAAAGCAGAUGACAUUCCGGGCGUUGUGUCCUGGGACAGCAACGAGGACUCUGUGUCCCUGCGCUGGCCCGAGCCAACCCACCCCAACGGCCUCAUUCUCAUGUACGAGAUAAAAUUCAUGCUGGGCACCGAGACUGAGAAGCACGAAUGCGUGUCAGGUCAGCUGUAUCGGACACAGCGCGGCAUCCGCCUGUCCAACCUAGGUCCGGGCAACUACUCGCUGAGGGUCCGGGCGACGUCGUUGGCUGGGAACGGAUCGUGGACCCAACCGGUCGAUCUCUAUGUGGCCAAACAACCUGAUAAUUUCCUCUACGUCGCCGUAUGCGCCCCCACAAUCAUGUUGUUCCUCGGCUUCGUGUUCUCCGUGUUCUUCACUCUGAGCAGGAAAAGGAACAAUGAUCGGCUCGGAAAUGGAGUUCUGUACGCGUCGGUCAACCCGGAAUACUUCAGUGCGGCUGAAAUGUACGUGCCCGACGAGUGGGAGGUGGCACGCGAGAAGAUCUCCCUGAGCCGCGAGCUGGGCCAGGGCUCGUUCGGCAUGGUCUACGAAGGCAUCGCCAAGGGCGUGGUGAAGGAUGAACCCGAGACGCGGGUGGCCAUCAAGACGGUGAACGAGUCGGCUAGCAUGAGGGAACGCAUCGAGUUCCUCAACGAGGCUUCUGUCAUGAAGGAGUUCAACUGUCAUCAUGUGGUGCGUCUCCUGGGGGUGGUGUCUCAGGGCCAGCCCACCCUGGUCAUCAUGGAGCUGAUGACACAGGGAGACCUCAAGAGCUACUUGCGCUCCCUCCGACCGAAAGAGCAGUGGUCCACUUUGUCCCUGCCGCCCCUGAAGAAAAUGCUGCAAAUGGCUGGCCAGAUUGCCGAUGGCAUGGCGUACCUCAACGCCGGCAAGUUUGUGCACCGAGACCUGGCGGCGCGCAACUGUAUGGUGGCGGAGGACUUUACCGUCAAGAUAGGAGACUUCGGCAUGACCCGAGACAUCUACGAGACGGACUACUACCGUAAAGGCGGGAAGGGCCUGCUUCCCGUCCGGUGGAUGUCACCCGAGUCUUUGAAGGACGGCGUUUUCACCACCAAUUCCGACGUCUGGUCGUUCGGGGUGGUGUUGUGGGAGAUCGCCACGCUGGCGGAGCAACCCUACCAAGGUCUGUCCAAUGAGCAGGUGCUGCGCUUUGUCAUGGAGGGAGGCCUGUUGGACAAACCGCAAAACUGCCCCGACUUGCUGUUUGAGCUGAUGCGCAUGUGCUGGCAGUACAACCCCAAGAUGCGUCCAUCUUUCGUGGAAAUCAUCGGCAGCGUGAAGGACGAGCUGGAGCCGUCCUUCCGUGAGGUCAGUUUCUUCUACAGCGCCGACAACAGGCUGCCCGACACUCAGGCCCCGCCGCAGCCUCAGCAACACGCAGAUAGCAUGGAUGACGUCCGUUUGGACACGCCUUCCUCGCCCGGAUCCCACCCUCCUCCGCCCGGGCCCACGCUAACCCCCGACUCGCCCGCACGGCCCUGCACGGACAAGGAGCCUGUUGGGCACCAAGCGGCUAACGGGGUGACGUCGUCAUCGCCGGGGGCGGGAGCGCCGCCCAACGGGAGCGACUCCGUCGCCGCCAUGCAGGCGACCCUGGACGAGCUGCCACCCUACGCCCACAUGAACGGGGGGCGCAAAAACCAGCGUGCCAUGCCCCUCCCUCAGUCAUCUGCCUGCUGAUUGGACGGAGCAAAGACUCAAACCUAUCCUGCUGUAACGUCACCUUUUUUUUGUUCUACUAGAUGCAACACUGCCCCCUUGCUGCCGAAAAAACACCUUGGAGGGAGUUGCUUGUUUUAUAUACGGUAUCUUACGUUUUUUUUUUUCUUUUUUAGUAGAAACAUAAUUUCAGUCCAUUUUUGGGCAGGCUUUAUGGAUGCUUAACGGGGAGAAGAAGCACUUACAGAGGGAGGUCCUCCACGUUGCCACCUUAGUGCUGGUAGGUGUGGGAACGACAUAAGAAACUACAUUUUGAUACUCUGGUCUCUAUUUUGAUGAUUCAUUUUGUACUGGCAUCAAAAUCUGAGCCACAAGUCGUUGCCGAGUGCGGCGAAUCAACACCGAAACAGUAAAAAAAAAAAAAAUCACAACCUAACCAUGACUUUCCUUUUAGUCGUUUUUGAAGAGCAUUUAUGUUGACGACAAAAAAUAGCGUGAAAAAUGAGGAAAAACGUCUUUAAAAGCAAAACGGUGCAAAUGCUUGGAUGUACGAACAAUGAGCACAACUGUAUAUCAAAACACACAAACAAAAUCCUCAUAACACGACGAUAGUUUUCGAGGGGGGGGGGUUCAAGAACAUUCAAAUUGUCCAUUUAUGGGUACCUUCUUGAACUCGACAAAAAAUGAUGGUGUGGUCUCGAUUCCGUUGUUCCAUUUUGUGUCAACAUCGAAGUCUGACAUUAAAUCAUCAUGGUCUGUGAAUCGACACGGUACGUCACUUAUAAAAAAAAACGGUACAAAAAAAUGGCAGAGAUUUUGAGAUUGGUACUUAACAAGAAAAAAUGGCGCAACAGCCUACCUACCAAGUCAAAAUAUUUGUAUAAUGCAGAAAAACAAAAACGUACCAAAACAUCAUUUUGAUAUUGCAGUUUCCAUUUCGAGACUCCACGUUGUCUAGGCAUUACAAAUCUGAGCCACAAAUUGUUGCGAAUCGACGCCAAAACAACAAGUCACGGUGGUGUUAUUGAGGCUUUUCUUUUUUUUUUUUUUUUUUUUUUAAAUGUUUUUCAAGAGCAUUUAGGCCAGCCUUUUUUUUGUCUGUUUGGGUGAGACUUUUUCUACUUUUUUAUACGGUCCCCAUGUUCAUGUUGUACAGAGAAAAGAAAAGACAAGCUGCUAUUCCUUAUUUUCUCUUGUGGUUGUAAUAUAGAUUCUCUAUAAAUAUAUAUGACUUGAUGAGUAUAUAAGAGACCUUCAGGUUGAAUUUGUUUUUUUUGUUAAAUGUAACUGAGCUGGUUUCAAAGAAGUACGCCUCAUAUUUUUUUUUCUUUGAAAAGAGUCCCAAGUCAAUCUCAGGUUUGUGCUGCCAUUUUGGGCUUUAUUUGUUAAGGAUUGUUAGCCCUGUUGUCAAUAAAAAUAAACACGCAAUUCUUGAUGAGA